AUGUCUCAUAUUCCUAGGACAACCGAGGCAAAAAAAGGACCAUGGUGUAAAUAUUGUCAACAACACCGAAGCACACAGCGCUUUGACAAGCACAUCAAGUCCUGCAAGGUCAGAAAUCAGGAACAAUUAGAGCUAGCGGCACGACAAGAAAACCAUUCAGAGAAACGGUGCUUAGGGAGAUCACUCGAGGAGCCAAAUCAAAAAAGAAAGAAAACUGUUGAGGUGUUAACGUCUCUCUUUUUCAACUUCUUAAAUUUACAGUUCUGUGCAUCUUAUCAGGCUGACGGAGACCGGACUCAAGUCAAUGACGAGGUUGAAGCGGGUCCUCCAAUCAGCGCAGAAUCUGGUAACGACGAAACCAAUGUCCAACAGAUAUCAAGUGCAACUUUUAUUCAAGUUGUCCACCAUCCUCAAAGUGGGAAGCACGACCCAGUCAUAAUUCCCCUUGACAGUGUUAUCCCUUCAGCUGAUCAAGGCAACCACGAAGCUGGACUUGGCUCUGCAUUGGAGAUCAAACCGUGGGCGCCCUUUCGCAAUCGUGCCGACUUUGAAUAUGCGGAAACAGCUGUCAAGGGAUUAUUAAGUAAAGCAAUAGUAAACACACAGUUAUAUGGGAUACAUCAUGGAUGGGCAGAUAAUACUAACAUUACAUUUCGGAACUAUGCAGACAUCGAGAAGACUUUACAAGUAGCACGUGCGCAAUAUGUCCAGUUUCAAGAAGGAAAUGUUUCUGCAUGUUAUCUAGGAGAAACUCAUUACUUCAAGUUUCAGUACCGAGAUCCGUGGAAAAUCUAUCGCAACUGGAUUAUGGAUGAGACAUUAGCGCCUCUCAUCCUUUGGCAUCCUUGCCGCAAAUAUUAUUGCCGUCGAAAUGGUAGGAUAGUCUUGAAAGAACGCAUAUACGACGAGUUCAAUUCAGCCAACAAAUGGUGGGACGUACAGGAAUCCUUUCCACAAGAAGAACCACCGCAUUGCUUUCUACCGAUCUCUCUCUGGCUUGACAAAGGCAACAUCACUAAGCGGGUCAAGAAGCACCCUAUAAUUAUUCGUCCGCUAUUUUUGCCGCGGGGGGUAAGAAAUGCGUCGGGAAAUGGAGGAGGUGUUCUUGUAGGGUAUAUGCCCAUUCCUUUGGACCCGGCCGACCCAUCUGACAGAAACACUGCUGAUACCAUUAAAUGGCAGUGCUUCAAGCGUGAAGUUUACCACAAGGUUGCCGAAGUAAUAUUCCACUCACUACGAUGGCCUGCACGCUUCGGAGAAGCAAUGGCCUGUGGUGACAAAAUUGAUAGAGUGAUACAUCCAGGAAUACCAGUCAAGUCUGUUGAUGGCGAAGAAAGCUGUGCGCUAACAGCUACGCGUGCGGCCCUGGCCAAAUUUCCAUGCCCGAAAUGUCUUGUCUGCCAUGACAGUUUAACGAAACUAUGCGGAAAUUUUCAGUGUCGCACAACUGACAACAUGGAGAAGGUGUACAAGCGUUCAAUCACAGCAUCAAAUAAAACGGAGGCUGAACGAAUCUUACAAGCCCACGGAUUACAUGCAACCAAGAACUUUUUUUGGUCACUCGACCACUCAGACCCAUAUUGUUCCAUUUCAUACGAUAAAUUACACUCCGAUGAUCUAGGAAAAUGGGGUAAGCACAUCUGGCCGCUCCUCCUCACAGUGUUAGCAGAAAACGGAAACAAAGGCCAUAUGGCCAGAAACAUGCGGAAUGUAUCAAGAUGGCCUGGACUCAAACACUUCAUGAACGUCACCACAGUCGAAUAUGCGGAUGGUCAAGUGUUUUAUGAUAUACUCAAGUGCAUCCUCCCAUGCAUCGUCCAAAUUCUCCCUAGGAACUCAACAUUAGUACAUGGUAUCCGAGCCUAUGCUAGAUAUCGGCUCAUGAUUGGCCUCAAUUGUAUGACCGAAGGGAGGACACACCGGCUAAAACAAUAUAUUAUUCAAUAUGAACAAUGUUGUGAACACAUUUCAAACAAUUACGAGAAGGACUUCCACUUUAGCAAGCAACACGCCAUAAAUCAUAUUCUCACAGAAAUCCGGCAGAAGGGUGCAACGGAUAACUACGACACACGAGUCAGCGAGGGCUUUCACCAAGAGGCGCAAGAAGCCUACGAGCAGACAAACCGGAAAGAUACAGACAGCCAGAUGGCUCGCAUUGACGAGAACCCAAGAAGCCAUCGCCCACAUACGGAUGACCGAGAUGACGCUGGCAGAAAUGAUGACCAGAGGUCGACACAACCUACCCCCGAUAACCACUGGAUGCUAGGAUCUCCCACAAACCUGACAAGCUCGGUAGUCAUGGAGCAUUGCGAGGGCCUCAAAGGAUUUGACAAGCGUCUGCGGAGUUUUUUAGUCUCAAGUUGCAAUGUAGCCGUUGGAGAUGGUCCCAUCUCAAUCAGGAAAUAUCAAUGCAUUUAUCUUAAGUAUCAAUCACACGAAGACUGGAGCGAAGGACGGGACAUCCUUCGCUGCAACCCCAACUUCAAUAAAGAAUCACGCUUCGACUGUGUUCUCAUUAACACAGACACAUCGGAGCCAGUUCCUGCUCGACUCCAAACCGUCUUUCGAUGUUUCCUUCAGUCCUCUUCGUUUGAUAUUGUGUCGGUCAAGAUAUUCAAGCCAUCAAAUGGAAUUCCGAGGACCAGAUGGUCGGGGGCACUUUUGUAUGAUGAAGCGAGAGAUUUCAAGCUGGUCAUGGCUAAGUCCCUGAUUCGGGGAGCUCAUAUGAUCGAGGCUUUUGAUCUGAAGGAAGGCCGGUUUUAUUUAAAUGACUUGAUUGAUGGUGAUAUGUUCCUACGUUUCGGGAACUGA